AACCUGGAUUAUCUUGAUAAUGGCAGUAAUAAAAUGGCAAUCCAGCAGGCAGAUAAACUGCUAAAAAAACACAAGGAUCUUCACUGCGCUAAGGUAUUAAAAGCGAUUGGCUUGCAGAGAACUGGGAAACAAGAUGAAGCAUUUGCUCUUGCACAAGAAGUAACUGCACUCGAACCUACAGAUGACAACUCUUUGCAAGCACUGACUAUCCUUUACCGGGAAAUGCAUAGACCGGAGUUGGUAACUAAACUUUACGAGGCAGCUGUAAAGAAGGUUCCCAACAGUGAGGAAUAUCAUUCUCAUCUCUUCAUGGCCUAUGCCAGAGUCGGGGAAUACAAGAAGAUGCAACAGGUACCUUCACCCAUUUCAGUUACAGUAAUUGUAGGUGGUGCAUUUAAUAAUGGUGGGGGCAAAGUUCUUAAGACAGAAAUGUGAAUUUAGUUUUGUUUUUCCCCAGUUGAUAGUUGCCCAUGAAACAAAGUAAAUAAUAAAUCUAACAUUUCCUUAAGGCUCUUCUCUGUAUCCUACUAUACUAGUGACCAGCACCUUUUAAAACGUUCUAGAAAUCUGAGUUGAAUCAAUACUAAAAUUCUACUUCAUGAUUUUGAUAUAGGGUUAGUUAGAACCGCUACUCAGAUUUGUUUUUUAUAUAGAAGACAGUUGCUUCAUUUCCCCUUAAAAAGGAUAACUUUUAUGAACUACACUGUGUGGUCUGUACUGAUGUUGUAUGUUGGUUGGCUGCCUUGGCCUAUUAGCUUCCUGUUGAUACCUAUAUCCAAGAGUACUAAGUUAGCAAAUAGGGCAGUGUAUUAGGAGUAGUUAGCUUCAAUGAGACUUCCUGAGGGCCACAAUUUCAAAUAACAUACAGUAAAGUUCCGAUAAUCCAGCACCUUUAGGACCCAGGGGGUGCCGGACUAUCAGA